GUAUAAUGGCUACUCCAAUCAUUCUUUCUGAUUGGAAGACCGGCUGAUGCUCCUCUAUCAUUCAAGUGAGGUUGCUCCGUUUUUAGGAUGGCAGGAACGCCCAACGCGGUGGGAAACUAUGGGAGUCGAUAUGUUGCUGUUUGAUUUCCAGGCGACCAUGAUGCCGGCGACGGUGAAUGUAAACCUGCUUGCAACUCACAGGCCUAAUACAUCUCCAGAUUUAACCUACGCAGACUGCUACAACACGUCGUGGAGUCUCAGGUUACAUGUAUGGCAACGAGUAGCUAGGGAUUCACGAAUGAUCAUAGUCCAUCCAUUUCUCCGGAAAAUUGAAUAAAGCCAUGAGUUGCGCAAGAGGAAAAAGAAAGUGAUCAAAAGCUCCAAUGGAGAGGUGAUUC